UCUUCUCAUCAAACCAAACCUUCCUUCCAAGUUCCAAUCAUGGCUUGUUACAGCUACAAAAUCAAACAUUUCCCAUUUCCAAAGCCCCUAAUCCUCUUUUAUCUCUUAUUAAUGGUCACUGAUUUCUUCUCACUACUAUGCCCAUUUACGAGUGCUUUAUCCUUCAACUUCACCAGUUUCGAUUCUUGUGGCUCCCCUCUAAGAUGUGAGGGAGCUUUCGCUCAUUACCAAGUCAUCCAACUCACCGGCAACCAGGUCCAAAGGGUUAAUGUUGGUCGAGCCACGUAUGUUAGUCCCAUGCACCUGUGGGACAAGGCUUCUGGAAACCUCACAGAUUUCACUACCAAUUUUUCCUUUGUCAUUGACUCGCAAAAUAAUACUAAUUAUGGAGAUGGGCUUGCGUUCUUCCUAGCACCUAAUGGUUCAACGAUUCCUGAAGCCAGUGGAGGUGGCGCUCUGGGUCUCGCUAGCCGUGGCCAGGAACUAAACUCGAGGGACAAUCCUUUUGUUGCUGUGGAGUUUGACAUCUUUUUUAACCAAGGAUUGGAUCCGCCCGGCGUACAUGUAGGUAUUGAUAUAAUCUCCCUGGAAUCUGUUGAUAAUGUCCCAUGGUUGGGGGGUAAUAUUUCUAUUCUUGAAGGCGGGACCAAUGAAGCUCGGAUUAGUUAUAAUUCUACUUCUCAUAAUUUGAGUGUUAUCCUCAUUGAUAGGAGAAACAAUGCUAUUGUAGAGCAGUCCCUUUCUUAUAAAGUUGAUUUGAGAAAUCACUUGCCUGAAUGGGUAACUUUUGGAUUCUCAGCCGCAACAGGAAGUUCUUUUGCAAUGCAUAACAUCCUCACGUGGAAUUUUACUUCAACUUUGGAAGAUAUUGUAACCGGACCAACAGUGGCAGACAGUCCGAGUCCGAGUCCGGCCCCCAAAAGAAGGAAAAACAACAAGCUUGGAUUAGCCAUGGGGUUGGGUGUUGGUGGAUCGUUUGUGUUUGGUGGGUUGGCUUUAAUUCUAUUUUGCAUGUGGAAGAGGAGUAGGAGUCAGACCGAAGAGGAUCUUGCCCUUGAUAGUUGCAUGGAUGAUGAAUUUCAAAGGGGAACAGGACCAAAGAGGUUGUCAUUUCAAGAAUUGGCUCAUGCCACCAAUAAUUUCAAUGAGGAAGAGAAGCUAGGCCAGGGUGGAUUUGGUGGGGUUUAUAGAGGAUUUUUAAGGGACUCAAACUCUUUUGUUGCUAUUAAGAGGGUGUCAAAAGGGUCUACACAGGGGAUAAAAGAGUAUGCAUCAGAAGUAAAAAUUAUUUCUCGAUUGAGACAUAGGAAUUUGGUGCAACUCAUUGGCUGGUGCCAUGAAAGAGGAGAACUGUUACUCGUCUAUGAGUUAAUGCUCAAUGGAAGCUUAGAUUCACAUCUUUUUAAAGAAGAAAGCCUAAUGAUAUGGGCAACGAGGUACAAAGUUGCUCAAGGGUUGGCAUCAGCAUUGCUUUACUUGCACGAGGAGUGGGAACAAUGUGUGGUGCACAGGGAUAUAAAAUCGAGCAACAUUAUGCUCGAUUCAAACUUUAAUGCUAAGCUUGGAGAUUUUGGGCUAGCUAGGCUUGUGGACCAUGUGAAAGGGUCACAAACUACUGUUUUGGCAGGCACCAUGGGCUACAUGGCUCCUGAAUGUGUCACAAUUGGGAAGGCUAGUAAGGAGUCAGACGUCUAUAGUUUUGGAAUUGUCUCUCUGGAAAUUGCUUGCGGAAGAAAACCAAUCAAGCACAACGCCCCUGAAGAUCAAGUAGUCAUGGUGGAGUGGGUUUGGGAGCUGUAUGGAAUAGGAAAGGUACUUGAAGCAGCUGACCCAAGGCUGGAUGGAGAUUUUGAUGACCAGCAAAUGGAGCGUUUGAUGAUUAUUGGGCUUUGGUGCGCUCACCCCGAUCGCAACCUUAGGCCUUCAAUACGGGAAACAAUUCAUGUUCUCAAUUUUGAGACUCCAUUGCCUAUUCUCCCAUCAAAUAUGCCGGGGCCAACACAUCCUGCUCCACCAGUGAAUAGACAUGCAAUGUCACUCUCUAUUGCCAAUAUUUCUACUAACUAUGUGGAGGGACGGUAGCCAUAUUCAAGCAAUAGUUACACCAAUUCUUCAUUUAUCUAAUUCACACAAUGUAGCUCCUCCAUCUUCAUCGCAUUUUCUCUGUGUAUAAUGAUUUGCGAUAAUUCGAGUAGUCCUAUUUUC